AUGGUCGACGCUCCUGAGAGUCCUGUUCCGCAGCAACAAACUCCCGUCAAGUCUUUCCAGAAUGGAGUCAGAACGACAGGCCGUGCCUUCCAUUCCCCCAACUGGCGUGUGAAGGGUGAGGAGAGCCCCAGUGCGCAGAGCGCGGGGUCUCCUGGUCCGAAGACCAAUACCUCGAGAGUUGCAUUUAGCAGACCCAGCCCUCAUGUUCCUCAGGCUAUCUCCGAAGGACGCCGUCUCUAUGUGGGCAACAUGCCCUACACUGCCAAGUCGGAAGAUGUGCAAGCGCUGUUCACCGCGGCCGAGUUUCCAAUCGAGCGGAUCGACAUUGCCAUUGACCCAUUCACUGGUCGCAACCCUUCAUACUGCUUCGUCGACCUUGAAUCGAAGGAAUUGGCAGAGAAGGCCAUGAACGAAUUGGAUGGUCGCGACAUGCUUGGCCGUCCAGUUAAAAUUAAGCCGGGCGUGGUCAAGUCUUCUAGCGAGCGCUCCCAGCAACAGCAACAGCAGCGGACAGACGGAUCUCCUCGUUCUGAUAGUAAGACCUCGCUUUUCACUAUGGACCGGUGGCGCCGCAGCGAUGCUCCUACCUUUGCCAGGACCAACAGUGAUUCCAGCCGCCGGCUCUAUGUUGGUGGCCUUCCCCGCUUGACCGAUCAAGAAGACAUUUCCAGCAAUAUCACGAAUUUCUUCAAGGACUACAAGCUUGAGAAUGUUAGCAAGCUGUUCACUCCCCACCCCGCGAAGCGCUUCGAGCCCGGUGACCACUACUACUUGUUUGUCGACUUCGGCAGUGUUGAAGAGGCACAAUCGGCCAUGAAUGCCUUGAAUGGGCAGGAGGGUCCUUGGGGCAACCCUAUCCGAGUGCAGAGGGCUCGCGGAGAGACCAACUCUGAAGACCGGAAGAACAAGUGGUCUUCUGCACGAGACGAAACCCCAGCUACCGGCGAUGUCUCGGUUGCUGUUUAA